UUGUAAAAAUAUUUUCUUUUGCGACGGUAUUAUUUGCAUUAACAAAUUCAAAAUAGGGCUCAAUCAAAAUUUAGCUUACUGUGGCUUAUUAUUAACGAUAAUGGCUUGGCGAAGUCACGGAAAGAACAACGCAGAUUUGAUUAGAAACCUAAGGGUUAACGGUAUAAUAAAAUCGGACUCUGUCGCCUCCGCGAUGAACGCCGUUGAUCGCAGGCAUUACUCUCCGCACUCACCGUACCAUGACUCUCCACAGCCUAUUGGAUAUUCAGCUACUAUCAGUGCUCCACACAUGCAUGCUCAUGCAUUAGAAUGUUUAAAGGACCAGCUAAUACCUGGUGAAAAAGCACUAGAUGUUGGAUCUGGUUCAGGAUAUUUGACAGCAUGCAUGGCUUUCAUGGUGGGGGAAGCAGGACGGGUGGUGGGGAUAGAACACAUACCUGAACUGGUAACAAUGGCUACAAGGAACAUUCAGAAUGACAAUCCACAACUGCUCAUCUCUGAGAGGAUAAAACUUAUUGUUGGUGAUGGCCGGCAAGGAUAUCCUGAAGAAGCACCUUACAAUGCAAUUCAUGUAGGAGCGGCAGCACCAGAUUUGCCUCAGGCUUUGAUUCAGCAGCUAAAACCAGGUGGACGACUGAUUGUUCCUGUAGGACCAGAGGGAGGAGAGCAAUAUCUGACACAGGUUGACAAGGCAUCGGAUGGAUCGACAACAGUAAAAAGGCUAAUGAGUGUAAUCUAUGUUCCCCUCACGGAUAAAAGUCACCAAUACCGUGAGUGAUAUUUUCCCCCUCUUCUCAUAUGCGCAGUGUUCAUUCUCACUAUAAUAUUUCUCGGUGUCCUAGCACGCGUUAUGUUGAAAAAAACGCGAAUACAAUCAAUGAAAUUUUAAGCUUAUUGUACUUUCAAAUGUUGAUGCGUCGACGUGGUUAUAGUCAUUAAUUAUAACUUCGGCAUUUAAUUUAAUAUUAUUUUAAUAGUGCCUCGUGAUUUCAUGUUGUACUGUGUUGUGUAUAAUUAUAACGUAUUGUGAGUGAAUUAAAAUUACACAUUUGAUUCAUGUUGUUAUACAUAAUGUAAUUAUUGUGUAGCUUUAAAUAACAUUAUUUAUUUUCAGCUUUUAAUAAGUAUAAUAAGAAAUAAAAAAUGAGGUUUGUGAAACUAUUUUCAUAAAAACAU